AUGUCGCCUUCUGCACUGUCGCGUAUGCGGGUGCUCAUGCUGGUUUUGGUGCUGCUGUACGUAGCAACAGCAGAGCCGCAUCCACAUCCAGGGGAAAGCCAACUCGCUGCCCAAGUCUCGCCCGCGUCGGCAACGGAUCUCAGCGCCUCGCAUCGGCUGCCCUCCAAAGCGGCCGCAGCGAGCACCGUGGACAAGGCAGAAUACACCGGACGGACAACUACGCAAGCGUCAGCAGAAGAAGAAGAAGUGCGCGAGGGGGUAGACGCCGCGUUCGACGGCGCUGCUGUCCCGCGACGCACGAUGCGUGACGGCACUCCUCCCCUGCGUUGUGCCGAUUUGUUCUACAACACAACAUCAACUCAUCUUCUUCGCAGCAGCAGCAGCACGUCGCACGUCCCACAUGAAGAAGAAGAGGUGUUUCGCCUUCUACCCGUUCGGGAGGACUGUUUCUUGACCCCCAUGCCUCCAGCUGUGCUGGGGAGCGACCGGUGGCAGCUGUUUCGAAGUGCUGCGACAGCCGGCUCUCGCACGCACGAGAGCGACGCGGUGGCCGUGUGGCAGAUCGGUCCUCACACACCCGCCACGCAGCCGCUGUUGGAGAACCGCUUCCAUUUCUACUUCAUGAACCUCAGCAGCAGCAGCAGCAGCAGCAGCGGCAGCCGAGGUCGUCGUCCGGAUUCUUCACCCUUUGAAUUUGGAAAAGAGACUUCGACAACAGCGACUGUGACGAGUGGUGUUCUCGGGCAGCUCGCGCGCCGUCUGGACGCGUACAACGACCUCUACACCUCUCAUGAGGCGCGACGACGAUCACCGCAGCCACACGUCGGCGCAAAUGGUGUCCCAAUCGUGGUGCACCGGAGCAGCGCGGGAAACAGCGGAGACGACGCACAGAAGACGAGGGACAAGGAAGCGAAUGACCACGCGUAUUAUAAUUCCUAUCAUUAUUAUGCAUGUGCGUUGGAGGCCCUUCAGUCGUGCCAGGCCGCUGUGGUGUCCGUUCUGCGCCGCCUCGGUGCCCUCGAGUAUGUUCAGCGGCUAGGUCAGGAGGCGUACCUCAACGCACGCGUGCGGGCGUGGUCGCGCUGGACCACCUGGACGAACGUUUUCUUCACCCGCCAGCUUGUCCUCCGCUUCCCGGUCGGCAGCUACGCGUACGACGCGCUCACACCGGCGGGGCUGUCCGCUGCUGAUCGAGCGAAGCUGAUGCGCAGAAGUCGCAACGACGGAGAGCAGCGACAGUUUUGUGUUGGAGGCGAUUGCGAGGAGGCGGAGGAGGAAGUGGCGGCGGCGGCGGGCGAUGAGGAUCCUAUUAACAAUGAUCGAGAGCUGCUUUCGCGAAUGGACAUGGCCGCCAGCAGCUCUCACUCCCUUCUGCGCCUCCUUUCAUUUCCGCCUGUCGCGCAGCGCACACCGCACGCGCUGCGGUACGCCUGCUCGCUCUCCGCGGUGAGCGCUGCCUCGCUUAUCGUGCGGGAAGAUGCACUGGCUCAGGCGCAGCAACGGGAGGCAACGGCACGUCUCUUCACACCGGGAUCGAAGGUAUCCGCCACGUCCUUCGCCACACGAUGGCUGCGUGGUGGCGGUGCGUCAACGACGCAGCACCGUGGCUCAGCCGCCACCGCGGCGGCGCCUUCCGCACCUUCGCGCGGAUUGCUGGUCUCGCACGUGCUGAACUUCGUCUUUCGCCUUGUUCAGCGACUGGUGAACGCGGAGCAGGACGAGGAUGUGUUCGCCGACAUCAGCGGCAACACCGGCGGUGCUGCGUACCCCGGGCAAGCUUUCUCUUCGGCCACCGCGGGCACAGCAGCCGCAACGCGGUUGGGCUCCCCGGCGGUGUGCGCCGCUCGUGCCUUUCUGCGACGUGUUCGCGAGGAGUUGGGGCCGUACCAAUCAACGGCCGUCUCAUCGCUUCCGAUGGCGCUGCAGCAGCUCAUCGGCAGCCGGGUGAUGCGCACACAGACGCAGCUGAUCGAAGAAGAGCGGGAGACGUCGACAGCAGACACGAAACCAUCAGCAGUUGGUGGCAAUGAGAAACAAACCCGAAUGAGACGAAGGCGGCGGGUGGACUUCAUGAUGGAGUGGACCGCGACGCUGCCGGCAGGGACGCCGAUGUGUCUCGCGCUGAUCGCCCUGCCCGACGCCGACGGAUCGCUCAAGAAAGCAUCGCCUGAGUUGCACCUCCGCGUCGAGGAAUCACUUGUCUUCGAUCAGCUGUGGUUGCUGCUGCUGCUCGCCGCCUACGCGGUGCUGCAGCUGGAGCGGUGUGUGGCGCAGAGCGCGGUGGCACGGCACAUCGUCACCGGACUGACCGGCACGCUGCUGCUCGGUGUGAUGGUGGUCUUCUACGUUCUGCGUGAACUACAGCGGAUGUCCGUGGGGAAGCUGGCGGUGGUCGCCGCCCUCAUUCUCGGCGGCUCGACGGCCGCGCUGGAGGGCAUCUUCAGCGUGCUCUGGUCCUACUACAAUCUCGACUCACUGUGGAGGUCACCGUCGGCGUCGCACGCCGCUGCCGAGCGAGGCGAUGCGCUGUUGCUACUCGGGUUGAUCGUCCUUAGCGCGCUGUUUGCGCUGAACGACUUGCUGUUUACGCUUCUCAUUCCCGCUGUGUACUUCACGGCGGUGACGCGGUGGUCGAUGCGGGUGCUGCUGGGGUUGCUGUGGUGGAUCUGCCUGCGCCGCAACGCCGAGGCCACUCUCUGGACGGUGUCCGCGUACGUCCUCGUGUUCAACGCACGGUGGCUUUGGUGGGCGUUGUGGUCGGCGUGUUGCUUCUGCGGCUGUCUUCCACGCAGGCGCACGCCACAGCAGCCGCGCCUCGCCGCGUCAUCCGGCAACGGCGUGUGGUGCUUGCAGGACCCAUUGGACGAGAUACCGGAUAGUGCGCGGCAGGCACGUGGCUACGUGCGUCCCAUCGCCGCUGCAGCUGCGGCGGCGGCGGGCACCGUCGACAACCGCCACAACGGCAGCGGUGAGGGUUACGCCAGACUGAGCACAACCGCGUCGCGGAUGAAGAAGUUUGAGGAGGACGGCGCAGCCUCGACGCGGCAGGCGCUGGAGGCGUUGGCGGCACACCUGCGCGCGAACCCCGGCAAGUACGCGACGCGGCUGCGCGACCCCAACGGGGUGCAGCGGUGGGCCGGCGGCACGUCCGACAGCACCGCGCGAGAGAGCGAGGCGAGCGGCGAUGAUGACGGUUAG